AUGGAGAGAGCGAGGUCCAAAUGCGUGGAGAAUGGGAUUAACCUCAAGAUGAGACACAGAGCAGCUAUGUGGAAUAAAAAGAUCGCACCACGUGGAAACAACAUGCAGCAUCCCAACAUGUGGAAGGUGAUGGCAGUUGUAACUGGUGGAAACCAAUCUUCUGCAACAAGGACUAUGCCAACCGGGAAUGAAAGUUCUGCUGAAGAAUCGAACUUGGAUUACUACCUACCACUGUACCAUGCUGCAUUCCGAGGCAAUUGGGAAGAUGCUAAACGGUUUUUGGAGAAUGAUCCUAAUGCAGUGAAAGCUAAGAUCUCAAACUUGUCAAUGACCGCAUUACAUGUUUCGGCUUGUGAAUGUCACUCAGAAUUUGUGGAGAAGCUAGUAAAACUUAUGCCUGCAGAUGAACUGGCAGCGCAUGAUGAGAUGGGGUUUACAGCCCUUCACUAUGCUGCUAUAGGUGGAAAUUUGAGGUCUGCUAAGGCAUUGCUCAAGGAAAAUCCCAAGUUGGCGCAAAGUGUAGAUAUCAAAGGAAGAACUCCGCUUCACCUAGCAGCCACUUUUGCUUCUGAGUGUAAGGAAUUGGUUUGGUACCUUCUGUUGGUAACUACAGAUGAGGAACCUGGUCAUCCCUUUACUGGUUCAUGGGCUGCUAACCUCAUGAAUGUGCUUAUUGCUUCAGGUUUCCAUGAUAUUGCUCUCUAUCUUCUCCAGCAAUAUCCUAACUUCGCCACUGCUACUGACCAAGAGGACUGCACUCCUUUAUACGUCUUGGCAAAAAACCAAUCAAACUUCCUUGGUGGCAGUAGGCUUGGAUUUUGGGAAAGCUGCAUUUACCCAUUUAUCCCUAUUGACGUGGACUAUAGACCACCAAACUCGGUGAGAGCUUACGUAGGCAGUCACCAUGAAAGCGUCCAAAACCUUAACGGAGUGUCAACACCAGUACAGAAUGGAGGUCAGGAAUAG